AUGGUUUUUGCAUUCAUUAUGGGAAUUGUGCUGGCCUUUUUUCAGCACAUCCUAUACACAUCUCUACAUCACAGACAAGAAGCAGAUGAAAACAAGAAAUUUCGCUUGGUCCUUUACGGCCGUUUGCUAGCCUACCUCGCGAAAGUCGCAUUUGGGGGAUGUGCUAUCCUAGUCUUCCGCCAGCGAUUAUGGAGGACGUUCCGAGAACGAGCAUUUACCGUAUUCUCCAUCGACCAGCUCUUCGGCGCAACUGAAGAUCCGUCCCUCUUUGCGAACCGGGAAGCCAUCACCAACGCCCCUAUCCUUGUCGCCAUCGCUGUGGUAUUCUGGCUGAUUCCCUUGGCAACAAUCAUCUUCUCGCCUGGAGCACUCACUUUCGGUACCUAUCGUCACCAGGAAACUGUCCAUUUCAAGGUGCCAACAAUCAACUUCUCCAAGGAAUCCUACAAGGAUUGGCGGCAUAGUGUUCCCAUGGCGGGCGGAGGCACUAAGAAAUCCAUGAUAUAUUCUAAUACCACUGAUAAGCAAGCCAAGAACCCCGGAUGGUUCGACUACUAUGACCAACCGUCGGCAGAGCUGGUACGAGUCGCGUAUCUGCUGGCAUACAGCAAUAUGUAUCAUCCAAAUGUUAGGCUAAAUGCUCGACGAAACGCCUGCAGGGGAGCGUACAACUGCACGUAUACACAGAGUUUUAUCGCUCCAAGCUACCGUUGCGAGGAAAUUAGCGAGACCAAUAGACUGAGGGAGCUCGGUGCGCCCUUCAAUCUCAGCAAGAUAGCUCCUCUGGGUCCCGCUGCCUACUACGCCGAGGUCGGCGCUGGAGACUACAAACAACCACAAUUAAGCGAGUUUCAAAAGGGAACUGGCGGCAUACCUUUGGGUGAAGCACCUGAAAGCCUGGGAGUGUUCAAAUCGGAGCCUGUACUAUGGAUUGGCUAUGCGGUUAAUUCGACCGAAAGGCUAUCGCCAGAUGACCCUCUUGCAGCGCGCUGGACCUUUCGUUAUGAUGCUCACAUUCUUCGAUGUGUGCACAUGGUGGCCAAUUAUACGACCAAAUGGAACUUUACCGAGCCCAUGUUCAAUAGUACGACGACGCGAGAGCAUCUGUAUCCCAUUAUAAACACGACUUUGACGCGCGGAAUCUACGGCAUGACGAACAGCACGCUCGACCCUACGCCAGCAGAGAACUACAUCAGUCCCCGCGGCGACGUCGCCCUUUACAAGAAGACGGCAGCAUACCAUGCCAUGGGGGAAAUGUUCCGGCGUUUUCUGAGCGGCCACGUAGAUGUCGAGCCUCCCAUUCCAGGACCCUUUUACACCCAGGUGUACUCGCACGUCACAAAGACACGCAUGACGCAAACGAACGGCGAACCGAAAAAAGAGCUCAAAUCCGAAAUCGAAGGCUUCUACUCAGACAUGGUUCUCUCGCUGCUCUCGGCACCGGAAAUGCUGGUCGUGGACGAAGAGGAGACCAAAGUGGAGAGAUCGCAGCUCCAGUCGUCCUUUGUCUAUGUCCCGCUGCGACUGUUGAUGUGCUAUGUGCCAGUCGUGCUGGUGACAGUGGUGAUUCUCAUCUUUGGACUCGUGACAAUCUGGCAGGACGGCACGACCUUUUCCACGGGCUUUUCCCGCAUCCUGGUGACAACGCGCAACACGACUCUGGACCACAUUAGCCGCGGCGCCUGUCUCGGCAACGACCCGUUUCCCAUGGAACUGAUGCACACGAAGCUCCAGUUUGGCGUCCUUGCCGAUGGCAGCGACCCAGAGCAUACGCGGGAUCACUACCAAGGACACGGGUUCCAGAAUGUGGCCCACUGCGCUUUCGGCGUUGCCUCGGAAAUCGGGCCCAUCGUCCGAGGCGCACAUUAUGCUGGGCUGAGGCGGCGAGAAACGAGGCACUCUGACGAGUCGGAUUUGAUGGUGAAGACGUGA